GACUACGACAAAGAGAUCAUCAGCCAUAAAAUUAAUUCACCGAUUAGUAAUAGCAGCCUACAUGACUUGCACAAUCAGAACUCCUACGACAAGGAUCAUGUCAAGGAAUUGGAAUUUUAUCAGAGUUUAGCCAAGGCUGCCUCACUGGUCAAUCACAAUGAUGCUCAUUCGCGUCAAUCACAUGAGUCCCACGAAAUGUCGCCAGCCACUUCGCCGCAGCCAAUGCAAAUCGACACCGAUGUGGGCGAAGAUUGCGAUGGCCGAGAUCAACUUAGUCGCUUGUCGGAUGCUGAGGAUCACGAGCAGCAGGCGAAGGCUUCAGCUUCAGCAUUGGCGGUAGCAGCAGCGGCAGCGCAGGCGCAUCUAAACGGAACUAUGCAAGACAUGAUAAAUUUACAAAAAUUACAAAAUUUAGCUACGCUUCAGCAGCAGCAGCAACAACAACAACAACAACAGCAGCAACAACAACAACAACAACAUCAUCACAUGCAACAUGCCAAUGGCGGCGGCAAUGGCAUUCACCAUCAUCACCACCAUCUCCACUCGCAACAUCCCAACCUGCACACACCACCCGACGGCACGGCCACGCCGGUUAGUGUGGGCCAGAAUGUCACUCCGGCGACGGCUGCAGCAUUAGCAAGUCUUCAGGGAUUAGCGGCAGGUAUCAGCGCUUCAGCGGCUGCAGCAGCAGCACUCAAUUCGCCGCUCAAUUUGACUGUUGGUGCCGGUGCGAGUGGAAAUAGUGGCAUCACUGCCUGUCUGCCCUCGGUGAGCGCCACUGCCACCGGCCCACACAGCGCUCCGUGCUCGCCCAGUGCUCUUUCCGCUUCGAAUGUGCUCGCCGCAGCAGCCGCUGCCGCAGCGGCCUCUAACAAUAAUAACAAAGUCAUGUCACAUGCCGGCAAUUGUGGUGGCGGCGGCGGUGGUCAGGAUAAUCCCAGCAGUACAUCUCCCAAUUCGAGCUCGAUGCAGGCACAGACAAUGGCUCAGAAUACAUUGGCAAACGUGUUGAAUUCGGCUGCAGCAGCUGCGGCGGCAGCAGCAGCAGCUGGUGCGGCAUCCACCGCCUCACCGCCACCCACGCUUUCAACACCAACGGCGAGUGGUCAAAUGCCGCAAUUGAUACUUGCCUCGGGGCAGUUGGUGCAAGGCGUGCAGGGAGCGCAGCUGCUCAUACCAACGGCGCAAGGCAUUGCCGUUCAGACCAUACUCACAAUUCCGGUCAGCCCGCAGAUUAACACCAACGAGCAGUUUUUGCAGAAUUUCGGCGCCUUCGCGUCAUUCCAGCAACAGCAGCAGCAACAAGCGCUCUUACCGCCUCCGCUACCACCAGCGCUAGCCGCUCUCCAGCACGCCUCAACCCUGCCCCAACUAGCACAAACACCAACGAAUUUACUCAAACCGAACUUAUUCUCGAGUAGCGUUCAGCAGCUGUUGGCCGCGCUACACCCGGAACUAUUCGCGGCUGCUGCAGCUAAACAUCACCUGCGCGCCUCCCCCCAAGCAAUGCAUCAAGCGCAGCAGCAGCGCGCUGACCAGCAAUCGGCGUCGCAACCGCCACAUCUUGCUCACCUGCCGCCUCCGCCGCAUCAUCACCUUGCUGCACAUACGCAUGCUUUGUCAAAUGAUUUGCAUUUGGCUGCCGCGGCCGUAGCUGCAGCAGCGCGCAACACUGAACGCGGCGGUCAUUCGCCAGCCAGAUCUCCUCCCCUUCAUGGCAUUGGUAGUGGGGGAGAGCGUUCAAGCGCCUCUAGUUCAUCGUCAAGUACAAAAGCCGCCGCAGCAGCAGCGGCUGCAGCUGCAGCAGCCGCCUUCCAUCUGCAACAGCAGCUGCACAUCAAACAAGAAACGUCACCGCGUCAUCAUCACCAUCACUCACUGCAUCCACACUCCCACCACUCGCUACGACAUCCCGCAGAUGAGCUCGCCUCGCCGAACCGCGAGCAUGGCAAGUCAGCGGGCUCAUCUUCCGCAUCCGCUUCAAUGCAUAUGCCAACGGAUGUGAACGCUUCGCCGCCGCCUGGACUUAGUUCGCACCACCAUCAUUUCCACCAUCGCGGUAGCGGGAUGGGUUCAGGUCACCAAGCCAACUCAACGCCAUCGCCGCGGCCUAACUCGUCCACUUCCCUGUGCACAAUGGCGCUGCGCGAUCGUGAUAGGGACCGCGACAGGGACAGAGAGCGGGAAAGAGAUCGAGAAAGGGAGCGUGACCGUGACCGCGAUAGAGAGAGAGAACGCGAGCGUGACCGCUCCGAACGCACUGAGACACACAUCAAACGCAGUCCAACUCGUAGCGGCGGCUCGCUAAAUAAUGGACCCGGUAGUGGCGUGUGCGGUGGCAUCAAUCUCAGUCACCAUUCUUUGAAACGCGAAAGGGAACGUGACCGCGAGCAUUUGAGACGUUCUUCUUCACCGACACUUGGCUCCGGUGCUAGCUCAACACAAUUGACAGCCCUUGGUCGCAAUUCCUCCUGCACUUCGAAUGCUCUGAGCACUUCCACCUCCAACACAUCCUCCUCAGUCAAUGCAGCGGCGUCAACAGCAUCCGCAUCGGUAUCCGCAAGUGGCAAUCAACAUCACCAACACGGGCAUCACUCACACCUGCAUCAUCCAGGCCAUCAUCAGGCCCACCACAACUUGCACCAUCAUCCACACUCGCUGACGGCAGGCGUCACAACAAGUUCGGCUUCCGCAUCAUCGGCCAUCGGCGUAUUGUCGUCUUCAACGUCAACAGCAUCCAACGAAAGAGGCUAUUCAUCUCCUUUGCGCAACAGUGCUGGUCAAUUGUUUCGCAACCACUCGCCCUCUCCCAGCUCUACGGCGGCGGUGGCAGCCAUAACGCACUUGCAUCAUCAUCAACAUCAGCAACAACAACAACAACAACAACAGCAGCCACACGGCCAGCAUGCACACAAUAUGAGCUCACCACACGAACACGAUUUCCUGGGAAAUGGUGGCGGCGGACUGAGAACAUCUCCGCUGGGCAUGGGUGUAGGCGGCGGGGGCGCUGGCGGUGCAUCGAUGAGCAUGGGUGUCAGUGGCCCACCCUCAUCUGCGACGUCUGCAGCGACUAACAUGCUCAAUAGCAUGAAUAGACUCUCCGCCUCUGCGAAUGGUGAAUUGACCAUAACAAAAUCAUUGGGUCCACCAUCGGCAACAGCGAUACGUGCUUCAUCUGCCUCGCCCACAUCGCCGGGGCCCAGUUUAUCGGCGCUAGGCAUAAACACCUCAUCCGCCGCCUCACAUUUGGUGCAUCAUCCACACCAUGGCAUGCAUCCGAUGAAGCUCAGCCCGACGACCAGUGCAGUACUUCAGCGUGAACGGGAACGCGAACGUGACCGCGAUCGGGAACGGGAACGGGAAAGAGAACGCGAUAGAGAACGAGAGCGUGAGCGCGAAAGGACCGGCGGCAGUGGCCACGGAGAGCCAUCGUCACAGCUUUCACCCAACGGCACAGAGGGUUCGAGUGGCGCACAUGAUCUUCUAUUGGAUUCACCGAGAAAUCCUACCUUCAAUAUUCUAACAAAUUUUCCUUUCAAUAAAAAAAAAAUUAAAUCACCGCACAGGUUUGAGAAAUUGGAUAUAACGCCAAAGAGCGCGCAGAAAAUCAAGCCAGUUUUAGAACGCUGGAUGAAGGAGGCCGAAGAGAGCCACUGGAAUCGUUAUAAAUCUGGACAGAACCACUUAACCGAUUACAUAGGCGUGGAGCCAUCGAAGAAGCGCAAGCGCCGCACGUCAUUUACGCCACAGGCUUUGGAGCUGCUAAAUGCGCAUUUCGAGCGCAAUACCCAUCCAUCGGGCACCGAAAUAACCGGCUUGGCGCACCAAUUGGGUUAUGAACGCGAAGUGAUACGCAUUUGGUUUUGUAAUAAGCGGCAAGCGUUGAAAAAUACAGUGCGAAUGAUGUCCAAGGGAAUGGUGUAAGGGAUGUGACAGACGAGAAGAUUGCUCGCAGAAAGAAGCGCAAAGUGAAGAGAAAAGGACAAAUUCUAUUAGAGGUCCACGAAGGAACAGCAAGAUGCAGUCGGGCAAAGAGACGCUUUUAAGGAGAGUUGAUUAAAAUUUACGAAGGCUGAGGGCCAUGGCUCUCUGGAAAUUAUGUAUUCAGAGAUUAGAUUUGCGGGUCUAUUAAAAAAACAAAAACAAAAACUGUUUCCACAAAAGACAUUUAAUUUUUUAUGUAGCUCACUUUCAUCAAACUCUGAAUUACUUCAGCAGGAUGCGAGUAAUCAUUAUUUUGUAUUUAUUAGUUUGUAAAAAAACAUUUAACUUUUAAGCACAGCAAAACACAAUAAAUAC